AGAUUAAUUAUUAUAUUUCGGGUCAUAUUCAUGCUAGUAAUACUGUUAUGUGUUUUGGAAUAACUCAAGAUCCAAAUACUAAAGAUUAUAUGAUGGUUUUACAAUAUUUUGAGGGAGGAAAUUUGAGAAAUAUUUUAGUGGAAGAUUCAAAACUUGAAACUAAAAUAAAAUAUUUAUUUUGUAUUAUAGAUGGGCUUUCAGGUAUUCAUGAUGCUGGAAAUAUUCAUAAAGAUUUUCAUUCGGGCAAUAUAUUAUAUAAUAAUCAUAAUGAUUUACUAUCAAUUAGUGAUUUGGGAAUGUGUCAACCAGUAAAUGAUAAUGAGCGAAAAGGAAUUUAUGGUGUAAUACCUUACAUGGCACCUGAAGUUUUACGUGGAUAUAAAUAUACUAAAGCAGCAGAUAUUUACUCAUUUGGAAUAAUAAUGAAUGAACUUAUGUCAGAAGAAAUUCCUUAUAAUGAUAUUCCUCAUGAUCAUUUUUUGGGUGUUAAAAUAUGUAAAGGAUUUAGACCAAAAAUUUCUGAAGAUACACCAAAAUUAAUUGUAGAUUUGAUUAUUAAAUGUUGGGAUGCUAAAGCAGAAAAUAGACCAACUGCUAAAGAAUUAUGCCAAACAUUUCUUAGAUAUGGAAAUGAUAUGGAUGAUGAAAAUAGUGAAAUUAGUUAUCAAAUAAAAGAAUGUGAAAAAAUUAAAGUGAAUAAAUUAAAAAACAGAACAAAUGAAAAUAAAUCUAAAAAUCUUCAAAUUCACCCACAAGCAAUUUAUACUAGCAGACUUUUAAAAUUUGAAAAUCUUCCAGAACCAGUUAAUUCAACCAAUUAUUUAUCUUCGUUUCAAGAACCCAUUUCAUCAUCAUCAGUUUCUGAAUGUUUGGAUUAUGAAUCAAAUGAAUUAGAUCUUAAUCAAGACGAUGAUGAAUAAAUUUUAAGGAAUAAAUUUAUUUAUCACCUA